CGGGUCUUAAGGCUGGCGUGCGCGCGCAGUGGCGCUUUCCAGCCGGGUGCGACCUUCGCCACCGCUCCGGCUCCUCCGCUGCCCCAGCCAUGGCGGCCUCGCUUCUGCUGCGGCAAGGACAAGCUGGGGCGUUGAAGACUAUAUUCUUAGAAGCACCAGUGUUUCGAGGACUUGCCUCCACGGCUUCUCUCUCUGCAGAAUCCGGGAAGAGUGAAAAGGGACUGCCACCAAAUCCCAAGAAACAAAGUCCACCAAAAAAUGUAGUGGAGCCAAAGGAGAGGGGCACGCUACCAGCCACCCAGACUGCAGCUGAAUGGUCUAAAAACUUACCUCCGCCCAGGUCUUACCCAUCAGUUGUGAAUAAAGGCAGGAUGAUAGCUAGCCCUAACUCUGAAGACAGCAUGCUGUUCACGGAUGGAAGGGUUCCAAAGUUUUUGUCGGGAAAGACUUUGGUGGAAUUUCCACAGAAAGUUCUGCCUCCAUUCAGAAAACAGGGCUCUGACUCAGAAGCUCGUCAGGAGGGCCGGAAAGUGAGGGAUGAUUCAUCUUCAUCUUCAUCCAGCUCCUCUGAUUCAGAGUCUGAUGAGGAGGCUGGUGUCUCAGAAGUUGAUUCUCGGGUGACAAGCAAAGGCAAAGGAGAGUUUCCAAAGCCAGAGGCCUCCCGGUCCUUUGAAAACAGAGCCCCCAAAAUUAUGACAUCAGCAAAAGAGAGAACCGUGUCGCAGAAGCCACAUACAGACGUCAUGUAUCCAGAGAAGCCCCGUCAGCCAAAAAAGAAAGGGACCAACACGAAGCCUUCUGAGGACAGAAGAGAUGCUAAACCUAAAUCCACAGUACCCAAAUCACAAGUAGAUGAAGAGGUUUUGAAGCAAAACAUGGAGGAAAAACAAUUGAAGAAAAUAUUUAGGUCAAAUGAAAUAGAUAAAGAAAGCCAAAAGCCAUCUGAAGUUAUGAAAACCUUACCAGAUCCCGCAAAGUCAGGUUUGUCUGCACAGCUGAGUGGCAACCCAGCACCCACUCUGUGGACUGAAGAGGCCAGAGCAGGAGGGCAGCUGCAGGCCACUCCUCCUGGGAUCAGAGAAAGACAUCUGGAAAGCCAGGUGCCAGAACCUAAUGGCAAGGUGACUGUGCCCCUGUCUAAUGAAGAACACUUGGGGAAGCUGGUAGUAGAAGGACGCUUGAAGGCCAAAGAAGAGAUUGUGGAAGAUCCAGUUCCAGAAGGUUUGAAGACAGUUCCUGUUCUGAGUAAAGAGGUUUCCCGUGAGAGUCAGAUGGCGGCCGCUGCAGAGCUGGAGACAAAGGGCAUGAGGGUGCAGGAGCAGGACACCUCACAGGCCUUCCCAAUGCAUUCCACUCUGGAGGCGGACCUGCAUAUGGAAGAUACUCUGCCUGUUCAGACUGGAAAGAGCCCGAACAAGUCCUGGCCCCUGCUGAGCCGUUUGACAACACCACCUACAAGAACCUCCAACACCAUGACUAUACCACGUACACCUUCUUAGACCUCAAUCUAGACCUCUUGAGAUUCAGGAUGCCUCAGCCCUCUUCUGGACGGGAGUCCCCUCGACACUAAGAGCUCUCAGUUGAAAGAUUGACCUGACAUCCAC